AUAAUUUCUAGAGCGUGACAUCAUCAGCAAUAAAUAAAAUUGCCUUCUCUUUUAUGUCGAGGAAAUAUCGAAGGCGAUAUAUUCUACAAUAGUAAAACAGGUUUAUUGGAGAAAAUGCCUUUGUGAAGAUUUCAUUGCAUUUAUCAUCGACAUAUCACCCGUCGUUUUCUAAGAUGUUACUUGUUCGUUGACCUUGUCAAAUCUCGUUCACGGGGCGCGAGCAUUGAUCGAUGUUGCGUGUUAAUGGAAAAGUUACUUUCACAAAUUGCAUUUUUAUGCUCUUCAUUUUGAUUGUCGGAGCAUCAGAUAGUUCAAAGGAAAAUACGUUGCUCCGAAAUCCAUUAGCAUCAUCUUUAGUGACGACCUCUAUUCCAAACCAAAUCCCUAAUUGUCCUUCCAAGCUUGUGUUGUCAGGGGUACGUUUGAAACAUGGGCGAAAAUUAGCGUUAUUUACUCUUCGUGCACGUGUCGAAAGCGUGAUGAAAUGCAUCGAGAAAUGUUGUGAAAAAGAUUGGUGUAAUUUGGCUUACAAGGUUGGGGCGUAUUGUUACUCUGUGCAGUGUCCGGAUGUCGAGGCUUGCGAAGCAUCAAAAGGACCUGGAAUGGAGAUAUCAGAGUACAUACUUCUGGAUCGACCAUACACUGGCAACUACAGAAGAAGUUUCAUUCAUGCUGACCCGGCAACACAAGAAAAGAUAGUGUCGAUAACAUUGAACAUUACAAAUGAGAAAUAUCGACCUGCUCUUGAUGAUAUCGAGUCAUUGGACUUUCUAAAUGUUGCAGAACGAGUUGAGAACGCGAUUUCAAAUUUGCUGAAAAAUGCUGACGGUUUUCGAAAUUGCGAAGUAUUGACAUUUCGUCCUGGACCUUUACUGGCGAAUAUAACAUUGAGGAUAUAUGCACAAAGUUCAGCCAAUCAGAGUGCCACUCUUUUGUUGCAAGCAAUCAACGCGGGCAAAAUGGACUCGACACUUGAAGAUGGUAGCGAGCAUUUCACCCUUUCUCAAGAGGGCUUUGAUGUGAAAAUAUAUAAUAAUCACAGUAUUGUUUGCCAUGGAGAAUUUGAUUACCAGACCGAAUGGGGAUUAACAAUUUAUGGAAGAGUCGAUGCAGCACCAUGUCCACGUGGUGGGCAAGGUGAAUGUACUAGACGUUGUUUGGGCGAUGAAGAUAACACAGUCAAAUGGGACGUACCUAAUUUUAGCGAAUGUACAUCGUAUGAAUUUAGAGAUCUUCACGAAAAGUCGAAACAGUUUAAAACUGAAGCUGAGAAAAAAAUACCAUUGGAUGAGAUUGAAGCAAAGGUGGGUAUGAAGCAUUAUGAUUUCUUCAAGAAAUUGCAAAGGUUGACGCUUCAUCACACGUUUUAUGGAAAUGAUUUUGAUUUGUCUGAGAGGAAUGUGGCGUACAACAACGCCAUCCACAAUUCACGGAAAGAUCAUGGAAAAUUUCACGAUUCACGCAAGACCCAGGGAAUGAGCAUGUCAAAAAGCAACAGGCAAGCGAAAGUUGCACCAAAAACCUCAGGAGUUAUAUCUUUGACGAAUGAACUGCUGAACAGUAACGACUUACUCGAUGAUAAAAAUUUAGAAAAGAUCGAUAGUAGUUUAUCUUUUGGCAAUAAAAUUGGCCAUAUGCAACCAGGUACUUUGAUUAAGAAGAAGACUGGAGCGAGUCAGUACGUUUUAAACCAAUCACAUGCUUCUUUGUUUCAUAAUGAAGAUAAUACAUUAUUCCACGGGGCUUCUAAAACUCAACACGCACCUAUUUAUUCACGACAUUCAAAUUCUUCCCUUAUCUACACGCCAUCACGCAACACUUCCUCAAUGUAUGAGAGUGUUUCAAAGAACGCUGGUGCGCCACAAUACCUAAAUAAAAGCGUUAUUACUUAUUCUCAAAAACGUUCCAAUUCACUCCAGCGUGAUACAAACAUAGCUAUGGCAAAGGCAUUCGACAAAAAUAAUACUCCGGUAUCUGUGAAGGUCACAGGAAAUUUUGGACAACUGGAUUUGAAUGACACUGAUUUCAAUCGAGUAUUCGUAAAAAGCAUCCCGGAGAUUAUAAGAAGUCGUGUACCAAGGCCAAGCAGUCAAAAUAGUGGAAUAGGUAUUGUUGAGCAACAAGGAUUGGUAAAAUUACAUCAAACGGAUAAUCAACAGAAGGUGACCAUGCCAAGUCCAAAAAAACCUUUUAAGUCUACAUAUCCAUCUUCAAGUGCAAAAAAUAUUUUAAUGAAUUGGCUUAAUAGCGGUAAAAGAGUGUCGAGAAAGUUUGCCACGUCUCCUCAGAGGAAAACAUCUAUAUCUCGCAGCCAGUCACAUAUACUGUCUCCGCUGUUGCAACCGCGCCUUCUUGAUAGGGUUGCAAGGAGCAUUAAUAGGAUGGAUAGAUACAACAAGGGACAACAUAGGGUUGAUUCGAUCCGGGCAUUGUUUAAACGUGCCUUAAAAUCGUGGCAAGUUGUGCAAUCACAGAUAGAUGAAUCAAAAUGGAAAAGACAGAUUGGCACUGAAAAUUACUAUACAGCAUCAGAUUACGACAGCCGUAAUGAUCCUGAAUAUCCUUUUUAUAACACUUAUCCUGCCAGUUAUCAAACAAAUAAUGAUAAAUUGAGAAACCCAGAAACUGGGCAAAAUAGUGGUAGACAUCAAGGUUCCGUCUCCCGCCAAGCUGUCGACAUUAAGAGAGCAAAUUUUUUCAACACAAAGGAGACCAACAACAAUCCAUACAGCAGCAUAGACACACCCUCGUCAUCAGUGCCUCGGAAAAUGGUACCAUAUUCUCAAUAUGAUUUGUCAGAUACAAGUCGAUCCUUUUCUAACUAUUUCGACUCUUCAACUCGAUCAUCAUCACCGUCAUCGUAUGAAGAUAACUCACCCCCUCGUCCGUUAUCUCCUUUACCUAACUCGCUUCCAAAACAACCACGUGAACGUUCUGGUGUUUUCCGACCCUUCUCUAAUGACUACUAUUCCUGGCAACAUUCUCGGUCUUCAACCAUUUCUACCAGAAAACCUCCAUCCUUCCGCCAAUCUGCGACGGAUUUUUAUUCGUCUAUCUCACGUCCUCAAAACCCAUCGCCAUCGAGAUAUCUCUCUGAUCCAUUGUAUGCCUUUUCUCCUCCUAAUCCUCUACCUUCUCUUUCCACUCGACCACCACGUUCAUCAUACCCUUCAUAUCCUUCACCGCCCACUUCAUACCCUACUUCACAAACAUAUCCUUCACCACCCACAUCAUACCCUACUUCACCGGCAUAUCCUUCACCACCCACAUCAUACCCUACUUCACCAACAUAUCCUUCACCACCACAUCAUACCCUACUUCACCAACAUAUCCUUCACCACCCACAUCAUACCCUACUUCACCGCCAUAUCCUUUGCCACCUACAUCAUACCCUACUUCACUUACAUAUCCUCCACCACCCACAUCAUACCCUACUUCACCAACAUAUCCUUCACCACCCACAUCAUACCCUACUUCACCGGCAUAUCCUUCACCACCCACAUCAUACCCUACUUCACCAACAUUUCCUUCACCGCCAUCUCGAUACUUUCCUGCAACAGCUAGUAAUUCUUACAACUCUUCUAAUUAUCCAUCUGAAUUCUACGCAUCAUUCUCCAACCCCAGUAAAAUACCCACAAACAAAGCACAAGAUGCCACAGUGCUGCAAUCUAACUCAACCAAUUAUCCUCGAAGCUUUUUGUCUUCUGAUCAAGGAGCUAAUACACAUUACUAUAAUUCGUCAUCUUAUUACAUGCCUUCAAGUGACAAUUUCACUUCACCUCCAAACAACAAUUCAUCGUCUACCUCUCAAACACCAUCCUUUAUGUCACAAACCAUUAAUGUACCGAGUAUAAUUCAAAGC